GUUAUUGUCAACAAUUAUCUAUAACAUUCUCAUUCUGUGACUGUAAUAAAUAUUAAAUAAUAAUAUCACGUAUUAAUCACUUCAUAAUAUUAUGGACAACGAUGUGCUACUGCGCAUAAAUAAUAUUAUCUGUCUGAAUUCAGGUGCCAUGUCAAUAUUCAAAUAAAUCGUGCAUUCGUGCCGAGUGUUAGCAAAUGGCAAUGGCGGUUACUGGGCAAUGAACAUUGAACACAAAUACACAAUUUGCGUGUUGACAAAACGUACGCACCUAUAGUGGAUUAGUGGCUAUAAUAUGAAUGAGCGGGGAAUCGUGUUGCGUUUGGACUUUGGUAGUUCAGUGAUGUUCGCGGUUUAGACUUAAGAAUAAUCAGCAUUCACUAUUCACUUAAUCACUUUCGUCUUUCAGUCGUCCUGUGUUAGCGCUCGUGUGAGGUCGUCCGUUAUUGUUGAUCCAUAUUUUCAUUACAUGUGAUUUCGUUAAUGGAAGUGUGGACAACCGUUCAGGUGAAACUAAAGAAAUUAUUUUAAACCUACAGUUCACCUUAGACAUUUGUUAUACCCAAUUCACACAAUGAGUGUUGAUGAAAGCAAUAAUGUUCAUACGCGACUUCAGGUCCACAACUGUGUUGUGCAGCCUUUACUAACAGAUUUAUAUCAAAUUACUAUGGCUUAUGCAUAUUGGAAAUCAGAAAAAACAUCAGAUACAGCUGUAUUUGAUUUAUUUUUUCGUCAGAAUCCAUUCCAAGGCGAGUUCACCAUAUUUGGUGGUUUAGAGGAAUGCUUAAGAUUUUUGGAAAAUUUCAGUUAUUCUGACAGUGAUAUUGAAUAUUUAAAAACGGCAUUACCACCAACAAUUGAACAAUCAUUUUUUGGAUAUUUAAAGGAAUUGACUGCUAAAGAUGUGAAAUUAUAUGCUAUUGAUGAAGGUUCAGUUGUAUUUCCAAGGGUGCCUUUAAUCCGAGUCGAAGGACCUUUAAUUGUUGUUCAACUUCUAGAAACUACUUUAUUAACAUUGGUCAACUUUUCUAGUUUAAUGGCAACAAAUGCAGCUCGAUAUAGAAUGGCAGCAGGUGAUAAUGUAUCAUUAUUAGAAUUUGGAUUAAGGCGAGCCCAAGGUCCUGAUGGUGGUUUGUCUGCUUCUAAGUACGCAUACAUUGGAGGAUUUGAUGGAACAAGCAAUUUACUUGCUGGAAAAAUGUUCAAUAUACCAGUUAAAGGAACUCAUGCUCAUGCAUAUAUAACAUCAUUUUCUAAUCCUAGUGAAUUAAAAACAAAGACCUUAAUUAAUUUAAAUAAUGGCAAAGAACAAGAUUUGAUUGAUUUAACUUUAUCAUGGCGUACUACACUAUCAAACCUUUUACACAUAUCUGAAAGCCAAGCAUCUGAUGGAGAACUGGCCGCUCUUGUUUCAUUUGCAAUUGCUUUUCCAGAAGGUUUUGUAGCACUCAUAGACACUUAUGAUGUAAACAAGUGGCAUUUCUUAGGACCAAAAGAACUACCUGUCAUUUCAAGUUUUGGAAGUGGAAUUUUGAAUUUCUGUGCUGUAGCCUUGGCAUUAAAUGAUCUUGGAUAUAAAGCUAUUGGUGUUAGAAUUGAUAGUGGUGAUUUAGCAUAUUUGUCAAAUAAAUCCCGUGAAACUUUUGUUAAAGUUGCAAGCGAAUAUAAUAUACCGUGGUUUGCUAAUUUAACAAUAAUCGCAUCAAACGACAUCAACGAAGAAACUAUUUGGAGUUUAAAUGAUCAAAAGCAUAGUAUUGACUGUUUUGGAAUUGGAACUCAUCUUGUUACAUGUCAAAGACAACCAGCUCUGGGUUGUGUUUAUAAAUUAGUUGAAGUAAAUGGCACACCACGAAUUAAAUUAAGUCAAGAUGGUAGUAAAAUUACUAUGCCUGGUAAAAAGGAUGCUUUUCGCCUAUAUGGUGCUGAUGGAUUUGCUUUGAUAGACUUAUUGAAAAAGUCUGUUGAAGAUCCACCUGUAGCCAAAACAAAACUUCUUUGCAGACAUCCGUUUGAUCAAAAAAAAAGAGCAUUUGUAGUACCGUCUACAAUAAAACCAUUAUACAAAGUUUAUUGGGAAAAUGGACGUAUAAUGCAACGACUACCAGAAUUAAGAGAAGUCCGAGAACACGUCAAAGAAUCUUUAAGAACAUUACGCCCUGACAUUAAAAGAAAUCUGAAUCCUACUCCUUAUAAAGUAUCCGUGUCAGAUGAUCUAUAUGAAUUUAUGCAUGAACUAUGGAUGCAAAACACUCCAAUUGGAGAAUUGUCAUGAUGUGAUGUUUAAUCUAAAUGACCAACAGAUAUCAGAUGAUGAAAUUAAUUUCAAAUUAAUCUCAACAACACGCUUGACUGUGCACUUCACUUAUACACAAGCUUUUAAGUUGUUUGACUAAAGAGAAUUAAUUUUGAGAUUAAGGAAUAAAUAAUAUUAUCUAACAAUUUCUAUAUGAAUAUACAUAUAUUUAACAUUUAGGUGCCAAUGUAUUAAUUACUUUUGAGCACAAGAUAUAUUUUGGUUAUUAAGUAGUGAUCACAGUUUAUAUUAUUCAAACUAAAUUUGGAAAGAAAUCAUUAAUUUUAUUUCAUGAUUUUUAAGUAUAUUUAAUUUAAUUUAUCACAAGAAUAAUGUAUACAAUGAACAAAAAUAAAUCAAACAAUUUCUAGUCUUGACAAUAAUAAUUUAUACGAGUACUUAAUGCAAUUUUUUGUUUAUUAUUUUAUUAAUAUUAAUACCAGAGUGUAUGGCAUUCCUUUUUUUGUUUUAAUUGUAUUAUUUUUGUGUUCACCUAUUUUUUGUUGAAAAAUAAUGUUGUUAACACUAUUUAAGUUUGUUUAGGUAAAAAAUGUAUGUAGAUAUUUAGAAAAUACAAAAGUUAAUUUUUGUAUUUUUUUGAAAAGUUUAUUUUUUUACUUGUGUAAUUUUGUUGAUUAUUUUAAUGUUAUAGAUAUAAAUUUUUUGGGUAUUUUAGGUAUUUAAAUGUUGUUUUUUUUUUUGAGAGAGAGAUCAAGAGAGCUUAUACGUUGUUAAUGUUUGAAUCGUAGAAUAAUUACACAUGUCUUUUUAGUAUCUCAA